AUGGAAGGCCGCGAUGGUAUUUUUCGGCAAGCAGCGGAAUUCCCGAGCUAUGCAGUUGAAACACGUCGAUUACGCUCCUUUAAAGAUUGGCCCAAGGCUUUAAAACAAAAACCUGAACAAAUGGCGGAUGCUGGAUUUUUCUACACAAAAAUGUCUGAUCGCGUUAUUUGUUUCAGCUGCGGUGGUGCGCUAAAAGAGUGGGAAGAUAAUGACGAUCCAUGGGAACAACACGCCCUUUAUUAUGGCGACAAAUGCAAUUAUUUGCGACUAAUAAAAGGUAUCGAUUAUCAUGACGAAGUAAUUGGCAAAUUAGCGGCCAUGCGAAUCGCAGAUGAAAAAAAAGAAGAAGAAGAAGAAGCAAAG